AUGGAGUAUAUCAGAAAGAGGAAGGUACUUACCGCAGGGGCCGAUCAGGUCUUCAAGGAACAGAGCCCGAAUCUGAGCGUCACUGUUCACGUUUCGUGGCCGGCGCCUAUGCGCGGCUUCAAGGACAUCGAUCCCUCCGAUGUAGAUGUUGCAGCCCUGCUUAAUCGCCUUGCGCGAGAGCACAAGGCCGCAAUUGCGGCAGAAGAAAUCGGCUCAAACAUUUUUGUCACGGUCAAGGCAACCAAUCGAGCAAAGGCUCAAGAAGUUAUUGGCUACCUUCGCAGCCAGCUUCUAUACCGACCGGGCGAAGACAGCGUGUGGCGUGCCCGUCUCUUGGUCUACCCACCCAGCGACAGCUGGCCGUCCAUCGUGGCGGCCCUCCAAACCAGGGAGGGGACCACUGGCCGACGCAUCACCGCUUUAACAUCCCAACCCCUUGGAUUUGUUGACACGAGCAUUUAUCCAACAAAGGCCGAGUACAAAGAGAAUUUGACAGCUGCCUUGAACCAGACUGCUGAAUUCUUGCGCAACAAUCCCAACGGCAUGCGCAUGAAAGUACAGUUUGGUUCUCUCAUUGUCAACGAGUGGACAAAAGACAAGACCGAGUACACAUUAGAAGAGUUACUGCGCCUGAUAAAUCGUGUUGGGACGAGAGGCACUGCACGGAUGCUAGACACGGUCAGCGAGACUGCUGCUAAGGCCCUCGUCAAUUGUCUAAUCCCAUCUAACGCGGAGUUACCUGAGUUCACGAGAGACUAUCUCGAAAGCGGCGACCCAGAUCGCAUAUUCUCCAUCAUCUUACAAACGAAGAACCUCAAUGUCGAGUCGAAUAUCGAGCUGGUAGACGGUCAGCAGGAAAAAUUCAAGAAUGUCAAGCGAGCUCGACAGUACACCUUGGGUCCGUUGGCAAUUCGUCAGCUUGAGAAGCAGUAUAGGGCGGCGGAGGUUAUCACGAUUUGUCCGGAGAGCUUUUACGACUGGGGUUUCAAGAUUCGCAAAGACGCGGCAGAGCAGGAUGCUAGGCCUUCUGCUCCGUUUAAAGUUGAGGAGUUGCAGCAGAGUGUCAAGUUCACAGGGGAGUCACUCCAAGAGGGUUUCCCCAACAUGGACAUCUCGGAACCCUUUCUGAAACACAACGAAAUCCAAGCGGUUUACGGCACGACCAUCCUACGGUACAAUCUUAGCAUGCACUACUCGUUGGACAUCAAAUUUGUCCAUCAGUGGCGACCCAAGACACCGGGUCAGAAGACGCUCCCAACCAUGGCAACGACGGCGACUGUCUUGCUGUACGGCGAUGACUGGGACUUCCAGUUACGUGCAGGUGUGCCAGUCCCUCGCGACUGGAAUGACAGCUUCGUAGCUCAGUUUUUGCAGCAGUCACCCGACGAUCAAGGUCCCAGGGGCAUGACGGGAGAGCCCAUGAAUCAUCUCCUUGGAUGGGUCGAGUGGAUUCAGAAGGCACUCGACAGUGGUUUCGAACAGGACAAAGUUAUAGGCAACAGUGCCUGA